AUGUCUUGCCAAAAAGAUCAAGACCAGACUCCAUACCUCGAGGGCGCUCUGUACCACCAGGAAUGCCUGGGAUCCGAAUAUUUCUCGCCCACAGACAACCCAUGCACUGCUAUCAAGGAAGAACCUGCCAUGGCGAACUACAUUUACGCCUGUGAUCCAACGUAG